GAUUCGCCGAGUUUCGUAUUGUUUGAGCUUUUUUUUCUACCCCGCGAGGAAAUAGUGAAAACGGUCUGAAAGGGAUGAUUUUGUAAUCGUUCGUUCCGAUUCGACUGUCGCGAUAAAGUAAUAUUGAAAAAUCGAAGGAAUAACGUAGCAGUUGAAUAAGCAGCGGUCCGUGAAAGGGAGGGGGGAGGGAACGAUGUCGGGAGAACCGGAGCGGGUGAACAGGCAAGAAAAUUGCGGUGUUUGCGGGGUAGAAGCGAAACAAAAGUGCAGCGAUUGCAAAUCGAUUUAUUAUUGCGGGCGAGAACAUCAGAAAUUGGAUUGGAAGAGGCACGCGAAAAAUUGUCAAGGUUUUAAAAUCGCGAUUGAUUCGAAAGUCGGUCGGCAUUACGUGGCGAAGCGAAAAAUCGAGAUCGGUACGAUCGUGCUGAGGGAGGAAAAAGCCUUACUGGCAUGGCCGCCUCAGGGCACACCGCCGGUUUGUCUCGGCUGUUACGCCAUCUUGAGAGCCGAUUAUUCACGGGAGUGCGAUGUAUGCGGAUGGCCUUUGUGUCGGGACUGCAACGAUCACGAUAGCACCGGCGAAUGCGAAUUCACGAUUAAAAACCGCGGCUCCAAAGUCAGCAUAAACGAUUUCGAAAUUCCACAUCCGACUUACAGAUCGAUCGGCGUCAUACGCGCACUCGCGAUGCGCGAAAAAGACCCGGAGGCUUACCGCAGGCUCCUCGAUCUCGAGGAUCAUUGCCGAGAAGCUUCCGAACAAGAGGGACUACAGCAGGGCCCUAUUCUCGAUGCUCCGAUGGACGUCGCUAAUUUUGUCAAACGUUUUUUCAAGCUCGAGCACCUUUCCGCCGACGAAAUAGCCAAAAUCGUUGGAAUUUUACGGAUAAACGGACACGAAGUGCCGACUACGGAAAAUCCUCACGUUGCUAUUUACGAUCGAGCCUCUUACAUCGAGCACAAUUGUCGUGCCAAUUGUUCCAAAAGUUUCACCGAAAAUGGCGGGAUUGUUAUCAGAGCUGCAGUUCCGAUACUAAAAGGGGAUCACAUAUCGAUUUGCUACACAGAUCCACUUUGGGGUGUCGUUGAUCGAAGACAUUAUUUGGCACAAACAAAAUAUUUUGAUUGCACGUGCGAACGUUGCACGGAUCCCACCGAAUUUGGGAGCAUGUUCAACGCCCUCAAAUGCAUUGCAAAGGAUUGCGACGGAGACAUGCUUCCACCGAGUUUCAUCAUUGCCGAGGAUCCUGAGAAGGAUCCCGAGUAUCCCGAUUACGCGUGUUCGAAAUGCAAAUCAACUUUGUCGUGGCAACAAGUCGAGAUGUUGCAGGAAAAAAUUGGGAUCGCAUUGUCGAACAUGAGGAAAGAAGAUGUCGACAGUUGCAACAAAUUCAUCGAAAAUCAUUAUAAAAUCAUUCACGAUAAUCACUUUUAUAACGUCGAUGUCAAAACGGCGUUGGCACUGAUAAUUGGCCAGCAAACAGGAGGCUUACCCGCUCUUUCUGAUCGUCUCUUGAAUGACAAAAUAGUUCUCUGUCAAAAACUCAGCACUCUUUAUGAAACUCUUGUGCCAGCUGAGAACCGUAUCAGAGGAAUGCUUUUGUUCGAGAUGCACGCCGGGAUUGCAGAAUUUGCUAGAAGGCAAACUCCCGAAGCUUCGUGCAAUUUGCUCAUGGAAUCGAGAAAAGUUUUGGCCGAGUCUUAUCAAUUAUUACGUCACGAACCCACGAUACUUCCGGAGGGAAAGUUAGCGAUACAGGCUCUGAAAAAUUUACGGGAAAUGGAUGUGAUAAUAGAAACGAUUUUAGAAAAGACCGCGUCGCCAAUUUGACCAGAUUAUUUUCCCUCUCCAACUUGAAAAGUCGCAUGCACAAAUAAUUUGUAUUCUCAUAAUUAAAUUAUUAUUACAUAGAAAAUUAUGAAAGUGAAAAUAAAUAAUACACGAUCGAAUAAAGAUAUAUCAGCAAGCAAAUAAACUGAGACGAGAUGAAUUAUGAUGAUGAUUGCAAAUUUA